AUGAACACACGAGUCUUUGACAUUUUAAUUCUCCGUGAAUCAACAUUCAAACGUUCAAAAGGUAAAAAAUUAAUUUUUUUAAAUUUUACUGAGUUUAGAGGCAAUAUAUCGGGUGAAAAUAUCUCACAAUCAUUUACCCAUUCAUCUACUUUUCACUUAUGUUUCUCACCUAAUUACGCCUUCAAAUCUUUUUUUUGGUAUACAUCUUCAACGCCUUUUAACGAAAUGCGAGGACUGUUUUGGGAAUUAUUUAUUAAUGAAUAUUUAAAUAAAAUUUCAUGGUACUUUCUAACUACAAUUCCUGAACUGGUUAAAUACGCUAGAGACAUUUCACCAACAUUUUUGUUUCAUAUUUUUGAAUUAUUAAAGAAACUCAAUAUUUUGAUUACAAAAAGUACUGACCAAUGUCAAAUGCUCUGA